AUGGAUAGAGAUGAAGAAAACUACUAUGGAAAACAUGGUGAACCAAGGAAAUUUGACCCAAAGUUCACAGGACCUGUUCAUAGCAGACGCUGCACAGAUGUUAUUUGCUGUGUGAUCUUCAUAGUUGUCAUUCUGGGUUACAUUGCAUUGGGAGUUGUGGCUUGGGUGCACGGGGACCCCAGGAAAGUGAUUUAUCCAACUGACAGCUAUGGGCAGUUCUGUGGUCAGGGAGACACCCCCAAUAAGAACAAGACCAUUUUGUUUUACUUCAACAUUCUGAAAUGUGCCAGCCCCGUAGUGAUAAUAAACCUACAGUGCCCUACAACACAGCUUUGUGUCUCAAAGUGCCCAGACAGAUUUGCAACCUACUCUGAUGUUCAGGCUUCGUACAGAUAUAGACCGGAUCAGUGGAAUUACUUCAGGCAGUUCUGCAGACCUGGUUUUAACAAUCCUCGCAAGUCUGCUGCUCAAGUCCUUCGUGAUGAAGAUUGUCCUUCGAUGAUCGUUCCAAGCAGGCCUUUUCUGAAGAGAUGCUUCCCAGACUUCUCCACGAAGAAUGGUGUGUUGACCGUGGCAAAUCAGACUACAUUCAAAGAUGGAAGAGGGAAAACAAGAAAUGUAACUGAUCUCAGGGAAGCUGCAAAUGGCAUCAAUAUUGUCCUGGAUGCAAGAUCAGUUGGAAUGAAAAUUUUUGAAGACUAUGCCAUUUCUUGGUAUUGGAUUUUAAUUGGGCUGUUCAUUGCAAUGUUGCUGAGUCUGCUGUUCCUUGUGUUAUUGAGGUUCACAGCUGGGGUUCUCUUCUGGAUUUUCAUCUUUGGUGUGAUUGGAAUUAUAGGAUAUGGCAUCUGGCAUUGUUACUGGGAAUAUGAUCAUCUUAAAGGAAUACCUGGAUCUGACCUCACUGUUUAUGAUAUUGGAUUCCAGACAGACUUCAAAGUGUACCUGCAACUGAGGCAAACAUGGUUAGCAUUUAUGAUAAUACUUUGUGGUGUUGAGGUCAUAAUCAUCCUGAUGCUGAUCUUCCUAAGAAAUCGGAUCCGGAUUGCUAUUGCACUGUUGGAGGAAGGUAGUAGGGCAAUUGGCUAUAUAAUGUCAACACUAUUCUACCCAAUUGUCACCUUCUUACUCAUUGCAAUUUGUAUUUCCUACUGGGCUGUGACAGCUGUUUUUCUGGCCACAUCAGGAGAACCUAUAUAUAAAAUAAUGGCUAAUCAAACACUGUGCAAGUAUGCAAACCUGACUUGUGACCCGGAGACUUUUAACACAACCAAUGUGACUAAACUGUGCCCAGGUGCUCAGUGUACUUUUGCUUUUUAUGGAGGAGAAAGCCUGUACCAUAAGUACAUCUUCAUCUUCCAGUUAGCCAAUGCCUUUGUCUUUCUCUGGCUGGUGAACUUUGCAAUUGCACUGGGUCAGUGUACCCUUGCUGGUGCCUUUGCCUCUUAUUACUGGGCCUAUCGAAAACCAGCUGAUAUUCCACUGUGGCCACUCUUCUCUUCGUUUGGACGAGCAAUACGAUACCAUACAGGUUCACUGGCAUUUGGAGCCUUAAUUAUUGCAAUUGUCCAGCUUAUUAGAGUAAUACUGGAGUACCUGGAUCACAAACUGAAAGGUACUCAGAACUCCUUCACUAGAUUCCUUCUUGGCUGCCUCAAGUGCUGUUUCUGGUUAUUGGAAAAAUUCUUAAAAUUUGUAAACAGAAAUGCCUACAUCAUGAUUGCCAUAUAUGGUAAAAACUUCUGCACCUCGGCAAAGGAUGCAUUCUAUUUGCUCAUGCGGAAUGUGGUGAGGGUUGCAGUUCUCGACAAAGUUACAGACUUCCUUCUGUUUCUGGGGAAAAUCCUUGUUGCUGGUGGUGUAGGUGUUCUUGCAUUCUUUUUCUUCACACACAGAAUACCAGUCUUUUCACAGGAAGUGCCAAUGCUAAAUUACUACUGGGUACCAUUGUUGACGGUCAUCAUUGGCUCCUACCUAGUUGCACACGGGUUCUUCAGCGUCUAUGCAAUGUGUGUUGACACGCUUUUCCUCUGCUUUUGUGAAGACCUGGAAAGAAAUGAUGGAUCUACAGCAAAACCCUACUUCAUGUCAGCUAGCCUCCACCGAAUUCUAGGGAAGAAGAAACUAAGCCCUAAGAAGUCAGUGGAAUCAUGAAUGCUAAACCUCAACAUCAAAAACUGUCACUUUUAAUCAAAACAUGUAUAAAGUAGGCAAAAGUAAAAACUGUAAAUGAUGCUUCUGGUUAAUGGGUGAUUCUUUUUUCCUUUUGCUUAUAUUAAAAAAAAAAAAAAAGAAGAGCAACAUUGGUAAUGUUUAUCUAGUUUAAAUGCUUAAACUAACAGCUGUGAAAACAAGGCCACAUUUUAGUUUAUAGAGUGCCUAUGAAAAGGAAAAUGUAAAUUUGAAACUUUUGUAAGUGUAUAAUGAUGUUUUAAUAACUUUUGUAAUGCAAGUUGCUGCCUUAGAUGACAGCAGUUUUGAUAUAAUGUUUCUUCUUAUAAGUGUAUAUUUGUAAAAGAAAUUCAGGCAAUUUUUAAAAGCACUAAUGUAUAACCUAAUUAGCCAUAAAAAAGAUAGUUUGAGACUCUAGUUAAUGAUGAGGAGAUGGUACUAAAUUUGUAAAUAUGGUGCUAUGAUUGUAUUUUUUGUACAAGCUGGUUCACAGCUAUUUAAACUGUGAUUAUACAUGCAUUAAUGAUUCCCUAAACUGAAAAAUGUAGUGAUAUUUUAAUCACAUCCACAACUGCAUCUUUUAAGACAUGAUGGUACCCUGCAGGUCCCAAAGAAGGUAAUCAGAAAAGACUUUAGUUGAUACUACUUAAAGUGAAGUUUUCUGGGAGUUGUGCCUAAAAGAUGAUAUAACUGAGAGAAGGUCCCACUGCAGCUGGAGUGAUUUGUGGUUCACACAAAUGAGGUUUCAUCUGGUACAAGAUGGUGAAUGUAUAGUUUUUAGCUGAUGUCUGAGAGAGAUGCACAUAUGUUAGUAUCCCCCUAUCUCUGGCAAGUCUCUGAUUGCAUUCUGUGUUACAAGAAAGUUGAGCUUCACUGAAAGGAAAACUAAAUGCAGUCUCUUUUUUUUUCAUUGAAAGCCAAGUCUUUGCUCUGUGUAUGUGCACAAGGAGUUCCAUUGCCCCUGCCUAGCUUAGGAAGGCUCCUCCCAAGGCACUGGAGUGACCGUGCCGGUGCCCAGGGCCAGGGCUGCGCUUCCUGCACAUGCUGCCAGUGGCUCCCAGUGGCUCCCACAGUAAGGCACUGGGACCCCGAACUCAAGUCUUCUCAUGGAACAGGAUGAAUUAUUCAAUAUCUGAGAGAUGCUCCAGAAGAUUUAGUUUGCUUUUUGGUUGUUAAAUUUGCCCAGUCAUUAAUACAAAGUCAUUGAUAGACCUGCUGGUAGAAAGCACGUUAACAUUUGGUGUGGUUUAUGACCCUCCCAGUAGUGGAACUACUGCCACGAGGUAACAGCUCUGCUGAUGGAAACAAGUCUUAACACUGGAGAGUUUCUCAAGUCUGUUACUGCCAAGACUGAGCUAAAAAGAUUUUAAUUUAUUAGCCUCCUGGGUGAGCCAAGGACCCAGGCAUACUGAGACCUGCCCCUAGUUUUCAUGGAUUCCAGUAUGCUGAAAAGUUAUUCCACUACUGUCCACUUUCCAAGAGUGGCAUGUGCCAUACAUUUGUCAGUUCUGUGUUGGCAGGUCAGCACCUGGAAAUACUUUGCUAACUCUAGAAGUCCACUGAUGUCACAAAAAGAAAUACAAAUUCUUUUCCUAAUGAUUUGAAGCCAAGUUUCUGGGGAAAAUUCACUGACCAUCCACAUCCCAAUGGGAUUUUGCUCUCUAACUUGCUCUCUUUCUAACUUUGCUCUCUGGUUUGUGAUGACUGUGAUCACUGCAAACGCAGUGACACUGUCCUUCAUGCCAUGGCUCUGGGGUCAUGUUGAUGCACAAGUGACCACCAUCCACAUGCUUGCAGUUGUGGGCAUGGCAAGAUCUUGAAAUUCAGUGACCUGAGGUGCAAGUGGGAGUGUCCUUGUAAGCUUUCUCUGUGGUGCAGUGGGUGGUGGAGCCCCUUUUCCUGAAGUGAAAAUGAGGAGUUCAGUUUAAGACUCAAAUAAGGUAAAAUAAAGGCAUAGAGUUUCAAAUGUAGCUACUGAUUGUAGGCACCUUUCAAUUUUGGUAACUCCUCCUGAGAUACCAUCGGGUAAACUUGAGUUUGGGAAAGGACUGAGAAUCCCACCUUUGGGAAAAAAAACAAAGGACUUUUGAGGGAUGAAGUUUUUCAUCGUCAUCAUCAUCAUCAUCAUCAUUGUCAUCAUUCCUUUCUCAUUAUGUACAUGGCAUGGAUUACACAAGCCCCCAUAAUUCUAAUAUUUUCUGAUAAUUAAGUCUGUAACUUUUGGGGGUAUGUGUAACCAUUCUGUGAGUAAAGAAGCUGUUGGUCUCAU